GUGGGGAUUUCUAUCAAAACAUUUCCAACAAUCGCGUUGUGACAACUCUGAAUCUUUGUCACGCAUUAUCCACCUACCUUUUAGCCUCUACCAUAAAUACAAAGACAAUUCCAUCCCGGAACUAGCGCUUUCUUCAUUGCAACUUUUCUUUUCCAACAACGUCGCUGUUCAACUUCCCCAAAUCACAAUAUAACUCACCCAUCCAUCAUUACCAACCCGAUACUUUUCUUUCCAGCCUCUAAGCGAAAGAUUUCUGCCUUGGAUCAAGUGACUACUCUACCUUUGCGCGAAAGCCUGCACUGCAACAUGUCGACAGUCUCUCAAACAACCACAUGCCUCCUUGAGGCCAAAAAACUUCCCUACGUCACACUCGAUACUGGACUUAGCGACGAAGUAAUCAAGUACCAGCCUUUCGACGGCAUGCCAAAUUUGGAAGAUGUUCAGAUGUACAACAAGGGCGGAUAUCACCCUGUUCACAUUGGCGAUAUCCUUGAUGGCCGUUUCGAAGUUGUCCACAAGCUCGGCAGUGGAAGUUUUGGAAUCGUUUGGCUCUGCCGCGACAUUAACCUAAAAAGAUGGAGGGCGGUCAAGAUAAAGACUGCCGAUCAGUCAUCUAAUGGUACCGAAGAAAAGAUAUUCGACUACCUACGAGAGCAAUACGCCCCGGAAGAACUUGAGGAAAAGCACAUAUCAAUCCCUUUAGAACAAUUUUGGCUCAAGGGCCCUAACGGUCACCAUUCUUGCUUCGUGAUGCCAGUUCUUGGCUGGAGCAUUUCGAACUGGCGCCUGUCGCAAAAAGAUUACGAAAGCCAGACUAAUGUAAAUGCGAGAAAUGUAUGUCGCCAAAUCACAGAGUCUAUGCAUUUCCUCCAUCGUAACGGUAUUUGUCACGGCGACUUCAAACCAGGCAAUAUCCUUAUGAAAAUCGAAGGUAUCGAUGACCUCGAUGUUGAUCAACUUCUAGAAAUCAUGGGAGAGCCAGAAUGUGCAUAUGUCGAGACAAUCUCAGGUCAACCUUUAACGCCAAGUGCUCCUGAGUAUUGCGUGAUACCUCCGGAUGAGUUCUGGUGCGAGAAAUUAACAACAAACUCCAUCGCAAUCGUCGAUUUUGGCGAAUCGUUCUUUGUCCAGGAUCCCCCUAGGUCAACAGGAAUUCCAAACCUCUAUGCAGCACCAGAAGUCAUGUUUCAAGGUACUGGGAUCCUAGGAUUUCAUAGCGAUCUAUGGGCGUUAGCAUGUACCCUCUACGAAGUUCGGACAGGUUCACCGUUAUUCAAAGAUUUUUACGGUUCUGAUCUUAGCAACACUGUUCGGCAAAUCGAAUCAUACUUGGGGCCAUUACCUCAGAAAUACCGAACGACGUACGUGGAAAUGCUUCGUGGUAUUCCAGGAGCAUCAGGGCUGGGCAUUAGUAACCCUACAUCUCAAUCAGAUAAUCCAACCACCCCGUCUAAAAGGGGAUCACGACCGGGUACACCAGAUUCGAAUAAAUCCACCAAGUCAAAUACAGAUACAUUUGAAGCGACACUAGGACGAGAGAGGAAAAGAUACAAAAGAAUAAUCCCAGGCCAACAACCAGAACCCAUCAAGUAUCGAUAUCCUAAAGAAGAUGUGUUAGGUCUAGCCGAUCUUCUGAGAAAGCUGAUAAAAUAUGAUCCUGCUGAACGUAUCAACACUGAAGCAGUCAUGUCACAUCCUUGGAUCAGUGGGAAUGGAAUGGGCACUACCAGAAAGUGUACAAGAAACGGUAACAUAUCGGCCCGCAAAAUUAUGAUGGUAUCAUCAGCCGUCGUCGUCAGUUUUGUUGGCGUGUUAGUUCUUGUUCGGAGACUUAGGGAUUAGAUUUGGUAGGAACUUGAAUUAGGUCGUAGGCUUAGCCCUACAUUGUCGACAUAUUUACGAAUUCAUUAAGAUGGUUCAUUCUACUUACCUGUAGGUACCUAGGUAAGGACCUAACUAGCCCCAUCCUAAUAAGGAGUGAGGUAUAUUAUAUGUUAGGUACCUUACAAUAAAGAUACUUAUCAAUUGCUUUAUAUCCAUAUUGCCGUGGAACUUCUAUAGAGUUGUCAUAGGUAAUUUCACUGUUUAUUUAAAUACCAAGGACAAAUAUCGUUAUUUUUCUUAGUCAGGAGGUAGUUAGGGGUGGCCGUUGGAAGGUAGUCUAGGC